CAUCAUCAUCAUAAUGGCUUCAUGGAAGAAAACCAUCACGACCCCAUUCAGGAAAGCUGCCAAGGUCUUCAACCAGCAGCCAAACACCAGAGAUCAGAAGAAGUCUCAGCUUCAAGGUAAUGAGAAUAAUGUGACUGCUCUGCAUGGUGAAGUGAUGGCUUGUGGUUAUGAAGAUGUUCAGGUUAUGUGGUCUAUUCUGGACAAAUCCAACUCCUCAGCCUGCAACAUCACUUCUUAACAUAUGUGGGAGCUAAGCUAUCACCCCAGUUUAGCCUAGUAUCUAUCUAGUUACCCUCAUAGAGAAAAGUAACCCAAAAAAAGACCCACUUCAGCAAUUGGCAUGCAUUUCUGUUUAUGCCAAUUGGCUACUUGUGGAUAGUGAUUUGUGUAUGAUGAUCUUUUGCUUCAAAAACUCUGGUGGCAAGAAGAACAGACCCAACUGAGGAAAAAAGAGAGCGCACAAAAGUAAAGAAGGGUGUGUGAGGAGGGAUUGUUAUAUUGCCCCCAUUGCCUGGAAGUUUUUUUAGAUUGUAAUUGUCAACAAAUAGGGAAUCCCUGUGAUUAAAUGGAAGAUUACAGUGAGAUUAUUAAUGGAAAUUUAGAAGGAUCGUUUUAAGUCACCUGCCUCACCUCUAUUUUCUUGUUUCACCUUAUCUCUUUAUCUUUUUCUCUUCAUUCUGGUCCUCGAAUGAUUUUUUUACCCUCCAUAUUGUUCUAUUUCCCUCUUAACGGCUUUGAACCAUAUACUUCAUUAGAAUGAACAGAUGGAAAGCUUAUGUAGAUAGAUUAGCAAGGUAAAUCUAACUUGGUACUACUAUAUAAACAAAUCACAAAGUUCUAAACUACUUAUUUUAAGCCUGUAAUAAAAAAACUGUCAUAUAUAUUUUGUAAAAAGUACGUUGUGCUUCUUCUAGCUGCUAGAGAACCAAUGAUGCAUAAACAUUUUCAUCGACUCACAAUGCCAAACAUGUAAAAUUAUAAAUAUUGUGCAAGGUGUUAUCUCUAAACAACUCAUUGUUCACAAGUUUUUCCUUUCAUCCUCUUUUGCAAUGCAGUUCUUCCCUAUCCCCUUGACAUUAUCUGGACUCAAGAUGCAUAAUAGUUUGGAAGUUUUUAAUAAGAACACACAACAUUUUUGCUAUUUAAAUCUGAUGAAUCGACUCGGAAAGAGUAACCGUAGAGACAAGACACUACAUUGUGUACUACAUGAUUACUACAUACUAGGUUUUACUUGUACAAAGAUAAUCAUACAGAUUGAUGAAGCUGUAAUACAGGAAGCUGCGUCAGAAAGUUUACCAAAGUCCAUGAUGAUCUAAUAUGUUUUGAUGCAGGGCAUUUUGAAGCACAGUUUCUUUGGAGUUUUGGAUAACAUGAAGAGAAUAAAUAAAAGCUCAUGAAGAAGAUGACUCAUGUAUGAAGAGAUGAGUCAUGAAGCCGUUUCACAAAACCAUUUGCCAUAGUGCGAUUGCAAAACAGAAACAGAUUUUUUAGAAGUAAAACAACAGACAGUACAUCUAUAACUUGUCCAAAGCAAAUAAUGGAG